AUGAAUAGUGUUGCUGGAGACGAUCUCGCUUGCACCGACGAAAUCAAAGUGUAUGAAGAUGAAGGUGAAGAGGAUGAACAAGUUAAAUCAUCAGAAAACCUGACUGAGGAUAAGGUUGGCCUCGUUAUUGAAAGCGAAGAACAGGUAUUGCUCUUUUUACACUGCUGUAUUACAGUUUAUGGGUUAAUUUCUGCAAAUUUGGGUUUGUAUUCUCUUGCUCCUUCCAAAUUCACGAUUUUACGCAGUCAUAUAUGA